GAAACAGGGCCGUCGCGUAAGGCGGUGUACACUUUCAUAUCUUUUGAUCAAAAGUUUAACGCCAUUUUCUCAAUAAAUUAUCAUCAAUAAUUAAUCAAAUUAGUUUAAAAUAAAUUAACAGUGUUUUAAUUGUGUUGAAGAAAUAUAAUUUGUGUGUUUUAGAAAUGUUUAAAACGAAAUAAUUUAACUAUUUAUCAUGUGAUCAAUUACUGGAUCAAGUUUUCAUUUUCCACAAUGAAGUCUUAAAUAAUACUCAACAAACUGAAAUCAAUCGAAGAAAAACACAGAUAAAAACUUAACAAUGCCGCUUCCAAAAAGGCUGGUGGAACCAGUUCACGUAUCGCGUGGUACAAUUCCAGAAGAUUAUCCACUCCCAUCAGAAUUGGAGGCGGCUACAAAUGGUACAUUAGCCAAUACUGUUCGACAAUUAUCAUCGUUAUCACGUCAUGCAGAAGAUUUAUUCGGUGAAUUAGCACGAGAUGCAACACAAAUUGCUGAUCGGACAAAUAAUUUACAAGCUCGUAUCGAUCGUUUAGCGGUCAAAGUCACUCAACUUGAUAGCACGGGUGAAGAAGUCUCACUACAGGAUAUACACAUGCGUAAAGCAUUUAAAAGUGCUGUUGUUUUCGAUCAGCAAAUAUUCUCUCGGGCAACAAUGCCUACUGCAAUGUUAGAAACGUAUCGUACAUGCGAUAAACCACCACCUCUGGAUAAAUUAAAUUGUUAUCGGGAUGAUGGAAAAGAUGGUUUGAAGUUCUACACGGACGCGAACUACUUCUUUGAAUUAUGGCGACAAGAAAUGCUGAAAGAUACGGAACGUAUGAUGCAUGAUCGUGGCAAGAAACCACAUCGACCACGUGAAAGUAGUCAAGCGGCGGCUGCAGGUGGGGGUAGACAUAAAAAACGUGUGCGCCAGCCGCAUAACACUCGUGAACGUCAACGGCAAAUCGCUGUUACGCAUGGUGAACAUAUUAUGCCACAAAAUGUUCAAUAUCGAACUGGUCCAAGUGUUAUCAAUCAAAAUUCUAAUUACAAUAUGGAUCAACCUCCACCAGGUAUGGUGCUAACCGAACAAUCAAGGCCACCUCGACCAAGUUCAAUUGAACUACGACGAUCGUAUCCAUCUUCAGGUGAAGUGACUGACGGUGGUGGCGGACAAAUUCCACAACAAAACAUGCCGUACGAGUAUGGACAGGGUCCAUUGAGCUCCGAAUCACUAUAUGCCCAGAAUUCGGGAACAUAUACACCGACACGUCGAGUACGACCAACACAAGCACCUCCACCACCUCCAGGUAGUGGUACACCUACUCCAAGUGGCUCAAUCGGUGGUACGCCGACUCGAGGUCGAAGUAUGUCAACUGGUAGAGAAACAUUGCCACCACCGCCACCUCCACCAGGUGAUCAAGUUUCAUCUCCCCCACCAACUCAGAUAUCCUCAACAAAUGGUGUUGCAGCACAUUUAUUAAAUCGUAGUAACAGUAAUUCACGGUCGGGAAGUCCAUUACAUCAUGUUGUUAAUACCACCAUAUCCUCACCCUCACCCCCUCGUGCUAAAACACCUGAUAACAAUAUAAAUGAUUUACCACCUCCACCUCCUGUUCCCGAACAAUCACCCCCACAAAAAUCAAUUUCACCACCGGUAUCACAAUUACCAGCUGCCCCGCCACCACCUCCUCCACCUCCACCUUUACCGUUAAGUAACGGUUUAACGAAUAAUACAACGAUACCGAAUUCAACGAUUUCUCCUCCACCUCCAACAAGCGCACCGGUGGUUAAUGGGGAUGUACUAGCACCAAUCAAAAUAAUGGGUUGUUCACCACCAAAGUUAACACCCCCAAAAGAUCGUAUUGGUAAACCGUUACCACCGCCGAUUGUGGAUCCACGUAAUGAUUUACUGAAAGCCAUUCGAGAUGGUAUUAAGUUACGUAAAGUUGAGAAGAUUGAACAAAAGGAGACAGAACGUACAAAUGCACUUCAUGAUGUUGCUUCAAUAUUAGCGCGACGUGUUGCAGUUGAAUUUAGUGAUAGUGAUUCAGCUAGUGAGAGUGAAUAUGAUAGUGAUGGAUGGGGUGAACAGGAACCAAGUGCGUGACGGCGUGUUUCACGUUCAUCGACAACAGCCGUGAAUAGUACUACAACUGGCAGUGUUUUAUUAGCGCAUGCGCCAGUUGUUACAUCAACAAAUGUUCCAUCGAAUAACGAUAAAUGGUAAAGCGAAUCGAAACAAAAAGUGUGUAUGUGCGCGCCAAAAAUGUUCAUUCUAUUAUUCCAGUUUUU